AUUUUUAUCGUCGAUGACUAUACAUCGAGUCUUCGCAAAGUUUGCCCGCGCACCGGUUACACAGUUCACGCGUGCAAUAACGGAAGUUGGCUGCAUCGUUCGUGCCACGCUUUUUCUACGAUUUGUAGGAUUCGAGGACGUUGACUUACCGAAGUGUACCGAAACGACAUCAUCUUGAGGAUCGAUCAAGAUGGCCGAUGUAUCGGAGGAAGUGCCGAUCAAGGAUGCCGCGACAGCAAUCUCUCAAGGCAAACGCCAUCUCCUAGUGCGUGAUUAUCACCUCGCGGUAACCGUUCUAGCUCGUGCCUGUGAACUCCUUGCUGAAGAGCACGGAGAGACCGGUGAUGAAAUGGGUGAGCUCUACCUACUUUACGGACGAGCUCUUCUGGGUUUGGCACGCGAAGAGGCAGGAGUACUAGGGGGUGGUGUGCCUGGAUCCGAGGAAACCAGUCAGGAUGAGCAAGGUGACGAGGAGGAAGAGGAGGAAAACGAGGAGGAGGCUGUAACAGAUGGUAAUCAUACCGAGAGUAGCCCUUGCACAUCGAACGGCAAAGAAGAUGAUAAGCAAGAGGCAGCAACGGAGAAAGAAGAUGAAGAUUCGAAGGACACGGAGGCGGAUGAAAAGGAUGAGAAUACGAAAGAAUCCGAUGAUACGAAAGAGUCUGAUAAAACAAAAGAGUCCGAUAAAAUAAUCGAUAGCAAGGUCGAAGAAAAGAGCAAGCAAAAAGAAGAAAUUCCUGGUUGUAGUCGAGAUGAUUCUGAUUUACAUAAAGACAGCGAACCUUCUGGUAGUGGUAUGAAUAAAAAUCAAGACGGAGAAGCAGAUGGAGAGGAUAUUGAGAAAGAAAAUGAUGACGAUGAAAUCAAUAAUCUACAGAUCGCUUGGGAAGUUUUGGAAUUGGCAAAACUGGUACUAGUAAAACGUGGUCCUCCGGGCUGGAAGUUCUUGGCUGAGGCUUACCGUCUGUUAGGCGAAGUCGCGAUGGAGGGUAGCAAUCACGAGAGCGCGCUAAUCGAUUUCAAAGCUUGUUUGAAUCUACUUGAAAAGAUAACCCCGCGUAAUCAUCGCGCAAUCGCUGAAAUUUAUUAUCAACUUGGGUUGGCAUAUGCGAUAGCGAAUGACUUCGACGCCAGUAUCGAGCAAUUCGGAAAGGCGGUGCAGUUCUUGGAAAUGAAGAUCAUGCAUCUGAGGACGGCGCAAGAGGAUCCAUCCCAACAUCCAAAGGGAUCUGACGAUCCUUUCUACACUAUCGAAGGAGAGAUCAAAGAGCUGCAGGAACUUCUCCCAGAGAUUAAAGACAAAAUCACGGACAUCAAAGUUAAAAAAGAAGCCAAUGUGAUUAAAGAAAUUAAAGAAGAGAGGUUGAAUGGGUGCUCUAAUGUUGGUGAAACGAAUGAGGCUUCCGGAAGUGGCAGUAGUACGUCUAAACCUGCCAGCGAUAUCUCGCAUUUAAUAAGGAAAAAACGCAAAGCGGAAGAUGAAGAAGAAACGGGUUCUCCUUGCAAGAAACAGAUACGAGAAAAGGAUGUGUGUUUAUAUGCGAAUAUGGAUCACGAGCAAUGUUCGAAGAAGAUAAAACUCGACGAGGUUCCUACUGUAAGCGAGGGGAAAGCACAGAUAUUGGUUACGAAUAAAAGUGUUUUUUAUAAUCCAGUUCAAGAAUUCAAUAGGGAUCUUAGUAUAGCGGUGCUGACAAUCUUCGCGAAGAAUAGAUUUAACCAAGAGCUGCAGAAGAAUAAAUUGGAGAAAGACGAUAAGACUGGUGUGCUGUGUGACGCAAAAGAUAAAGAGGGAAUUACUAUAUUAGAAGCUUUAUCCGCAACAGGCUUACGCAGUAUACGAUAUGCCAAGGAAGUGGAGGGUGUCCAGCAGAUUGUUGCAAACGACAUUUCCGCGAAAGCGGUGGAUAGCAUCAGACAGAAUGUUUUACAUAAUGGAGUUGAGAAUCUGGUAACACCUCAUCAUGGGGAUGCAACAUUGUUAAUGUAUCAACACAGACGAAAUCGCUUUGAUGCAGUUGACUUGGAUCCUUAUGGCUGUCCUUCAAUGUAUCUAGACGGAGCAGUGCAGUGUGUAUCUGAUGGUGGUAUACUUCUGGUUACUGCCACCGAUAUGGCCAUUCUGGCUGGUAAUGUUACGGAAACCUGUUACUAUAAAUACGGAGCAAUAUCCAUAAAAUCAAAAUCUUGUCAUGAAAUUGCAUUAAGAAUAUUGCUGCAAUGCAUUGCGUCCUAUGCGGGACGUUACGGAAGGUACAUAGCACCAUUAUUGUCUAUAAGCGUCGAUUUUUAUAUAAGAGUCUUUGUCAAGGUCUUCACGAGCCAUGAUAAGUGCAAAGAAAAUUCAAGUAAGAUAGGGAUGCUCUAUCAAUGCAACGGAUGCGAAAGUAUGAAUUUUCAACCAUUAACUGUAAAAAAAACUUCCAGUAAUUAUAAAUUACCGAAUGCUCCCACGGUAGAUCAAUUGUGUAAGCAUUGUCAAUAUCGGCAACACAUGGGAGGUCCGAUUUGGCUAGGACCUCUGCAUAAUCACGAAUUUGUGUCGCGGCUGUUAUGCGAUCUGGAUAGUAUGGAGUUGGGUACUUUAAAAAGAAUGAAAGGUGUCCUGACCAUGAUACACGAGGAAUUGGAUGUACCUUUGUAUUAUAAUUUAAAUCGUUUGAUGUCCAUAGUCAGAUGCCACGUUCCACCAAUAUUGACAUUUAGAUCAGCAUUAUUAAACGCGGGAUACAAAGUCUCAUACUCGCACGCGAGUAAGACCUCCAUCAAGACGGACGCACCGAACGAUGUUAUAUGGGACAUCGUGCGUGCCUGGGAGAAGGAGCAUCCUGUAAAGCGAGAGAAGCUGGCCGAGGAUAGCCCAGCCGCUCGGAUACUUAAUGCGCCAUCCACGACGGAAAUUUCGCUUGCCAUGCAUCCUCUCGCAAAUCCGAUUUCCCGGCAGAAACAUCUAUCUCGCUUCCAACAGAAUCCUACCGUAAACUGGGGACCUGGCGUCCGAUCGAGAACCAGAGUCGACCUUGAAAAUAAAGUGGAAGAAUCGAAAAAAGUGAGAAAUCAAAAUAAAAAUAGCAAGAAGAAAUCCGCUAUGGUAGAUCAGCAGAUAGUACAACAAUAAACAUAAAAGACUCGCCGUGAUUUAUACUUUGGAUAUAUUUUAACAUACUUAGAAUAGCCAUUCUGAAUUGAUAGAUCAAAGAUAGGAAAAUUGCAACGAAUAAUUCUUAGAUAAUUUUAUAGAAUUAUUUGUACAUUGAUAUAAAAAUAAUAUAAUUUGUAUCUGACAAAAAUAUGCGAACUAUGUUUGUAUAUUUGUUAUUGUUAUCUAAGAUUGUAUGAAAAUAGUUGCAAAAAAUGUUUUAUAAUUACAUGUUUUUUUACAAAUUCCGUUACUUCUGUAUUUUCAACAUUAUUUUACAUCUGUACGAUCUAAACUUGUAAGAUCUAAACUUCAGUAGCAAAACAUCUGGAAAUGAAAAGAUUAGAAAAAUAUAUGUUUUAUAUUUGUAA